UGCAGAUUCGGUAAUCAGUACAUCCGGGAUCACGUGUUCAAAGUUCUCCUUGUUUAUCGUCCGUUGAUGACGGACUGUACGGCUACGAGUGCCAGACCCGUUACAUUCAUUCGUAUCAUGUCGGCCGACCCAUAUCAUGAAGUCCAGCGGGAGAUCCAAUCUUCGCUCCAGACAGCGUCGACAUUACGUUCUUCGUUCCUGCGAAUCCGCAGCCUCGCUCGGGAUGGGAGUGAAGAACUUGUGUUGGCCCGAAAUGAAGUGAGGUUAUAUACAUUCUCCGAACGAAAAGCUGACACGAGAUUUCAGUUGGAAGCUACGCUUGCUGCACUGUACACAGACUUAGAGGAUUUAGAAGAGAGCGUCAAGAUGGUGGAGGACACGGGUCCUAGAUAUUUUGGACUUGAUGAUGCAGAGGUCUCUGAACGGCGGAAAUACGUGAGUCACGUACGUCGUGAAAUUGAGGGUAUGAGGGCGGACGUCGAAGGACGAAAUUUACCGUCUGCAGGGAAAUUACCGUCUACUCCCCUUCAGUCACAAUCAUCGUUGCCCAGUGGUUCACGGGCACCCCUACAACCAGCACCCGGCUCGCAGUCAGGGGAGCCCAAUGACGACCAGACGAAAUGGGCUCAUGAAGAACAACAAUUAUUACUUCAGGAACAGGAUCGUGCCAUGGAUUCAAUAUCAGGGACUCUGAAUACCCUAGCUCAGCAAGCAGGUCUGAUGGGGCAUGAGAUUGGGGAGCAUGUUGAAAUGCUUGACGACCUUGAGGCAAAUGUUGACAGGACGGAUUCCAAGCUAUCAAAUGCGAUGCGAAGAAUGAAGAAAUUUGUACGAGACACGGAAGAAACGAAGUCGGGAUGGUGUAUAACUAUCCUUAUAAUUGUGCUGCUUGCUUUAUUGUUGGCGGUUAUUCUCGUGUAAGAGCCGCGGGGUUUCUGCACGAUACCUAGGUCUAAUUUUUCUGAUCACAUCACCGUGGCAUCCUUGCUCGCGUGAGUGCAACGCAAACGCUUGUGAUUAAUACGAAGUGAGCCAAAGGUUCUAUCAGCAAGAAGGUGUGCGUCGCUCCCAGGAACCUAACUUGACCUUCGCUGAAGUGCAGCAUUCAAUCGAGAGUCAUUGCAUCUACCGCACU